AUUAUAGCAUUUUACUAUCAUAUUUUAAAAGAUCUUUAAUAAACAUGGCAGUGAAUGAUGCACAUUGCUCAGAAUUCAUGGACUGGGAACUGGACACUUCGACAUGUGAUGGACUUAAACAGGAGAGACAACUUUGUGCCUCACAGAGAAGGUGCUACAGCUUAUGCAGGAGGAAGUCAUUUGCAGCCUUUGUGGCGUCGAAGAAGGACGUCAGUCAGGAGGAAGGAAGCACAUGUUGGUGCUGUUGUGGCCAGACCUUCAAGGAACACUCUGCCGUUCACAAACACGUGGCCAGGACUCAUGAUACUGAGAUACAGCAGCUCACACAGGCCUCAUAUGAGCAUCUGUUAAGCCAGCUGGAAGAAGAAGCUGAAACACAGCAGCUGAACGUGCGCGAGGCCGAACCGGUGGACAUUUCUGCCUGGAUACCUGAAACUAGUCACAUCUCUGAGGAGCAACUUCACAAGGGUCCAGGCAAGGUUCUCCUCUAUUAUCACUACUGUCAAGUGGAGGAUCCACAUGUCAUCUGUGCCUGGCAGAAAGCUUUGUGUGAGAAGCUCCACUUAACUGGCAAGGUGAGGGUGGCGACUGAAGGCAUUAAUGGAACAGUCGGCGGUACCAACAUGGCCACUGACGUUUACAUCGACGCAAUGCGUUCACACCCUCUCUUCAAGAUGGAUAAAGAGGAUUUUAAGACCAGUGAUGGCGGUGCAGAGUGUUUUAAAGACCUGAGGGUUGGAGUCUAUAAGGAAAUCGUCCCAAUGGGAAUGGAUCCUGAUGUUAUGUCCUACCAGCUGGCAGGAGUUCAUCUGGAGCCGGAGGAGUUUCAUAAAGAAGUAGAGACUCUGUUGGCCGAAGGGGAUUUGUGCAAUAACACCGUCCUCCUGGACUGCCGCAACUUUUAUGAGAGUAAAAUUGGGCAGUUUACUCAGUGUCUGGCUCCGAGCAUCCGUAAGUUCAGCUACUUCCCGGACUACGUGGACCGGAACCUCGAGCUGUUCAGAGACAAGAAGGUGUUGAUGUACUGCACGGGAGGGAUCCGCUGUGAGCGCGGCUCUGCGUACCUCCGCUCCAAAGAUGUGUGUAAAGAGGUUUACCAGCUGAAAGGUGGAAUCCACAAGUAUCUGGAGCGAUUCCCGGAGGGUUUCUAUCGAGGGAAACUUUUUGUGUUUGAUGAACGCUACGCCAUCUCCUCCAACAAUGACGUCAUCUCAGACUGCAGGUACUGUGGCCGUCCCUGGGACCAGUACAAACUCUGUUCCACCCAGUUGUGCUGUCAGCUGGUUCUGUCGUGUCCCGGCUGCAGACGGGGCGGACACACCGCCUGUUGCAUCACCUGUCAAACCAAAGGACCGGCUCAGAGCGAGACGUCCUCCGCCACUCCGCAUCACAAAGAGGAGUGCGAGUGCACCGAUGGACGUCCCAGAAUCCCUCAGGAUGCGUAGCGGUCGGGUUACGGUUGGACAUCGGUGCUUGCAGCCACAUGAAAAAUGCUGACUGGAUAUUAAUCACACUGUACAACUAGAAUUAGUGGAGGGUGCCCAGUAUAUUUUAAAUGAGUUUUAUUACAUGAAUUUUGUGAAAAGCUUAUUUUGUGUGUUUGUGUACUUGUUUUUAUAAAAAUGUGAUUUUAUCUUUUUUUUGUUCAAUCACUGCUUUGGUAAUUAUUUAUGUUAAAUGCAUGCUUUUUUUAUUUGCCCCAAAUGGUCAUGGUUUCACAGACAAUUUUUAAAUUAAGUAAAUUGAAGUUAUGCUGCGUAAAAAAGUGUAGAUACAAAUAUACCAAAAAUAGGCAGAAUGCAUAGGCAGUUUUCUUGUGCUCUCUAGAAACCAUGUCAUCUCUGGCUAAAGCAGGUUGCUGAGACUACAGGUGUCGCUUAAACACUUUGAAAGCACAAGCAGCAACACAUCUCAUACUCCUAGAAAAAGUUCUUUCUUUUCUUUUCUUUAGAUGCAAUAUCUCCACAGUGGCUGAACGGAUUUUUACUAUUCAAACUGUAUUUGAAACAUCCAUCUCCCUUCACUCCUUUGCAAUUUGAAAUGUGAAGAUAGCCCUCUUACAAUGUUAGUUUAUAUCAAGAACAUAGGAUCCUGGGAACACAGUCUGCUUCCCAUUAAAAGUUACACAGGCUUGCUUUAAAUAUCAAAUGUAAGCCAGUCUGUUUCCCACUGCUCGCCCAGAAAUCGGCUACAUGAAUUUAAAUAUCAUUAAAUGUAAUUUUGUUUUAACAAAA